UUUGCACAUGUUCCACAUUUCUUGACACAGUAUAUUGCGUCCAUUUGUAUUCAAUAACAUUCUUCGCCUACAGAAAGUGAUUUAUGGGGGACGUCACAGAAGAACCACCGGCAUGGGCCAGAACAUUGCGGGAAGACAUUGCGACCGUUCAGGCGGACAUCCGGGACCUUCGGACAGGCCUUCAGGCGACCGUUCAGGCGGACAUCCGGGACCUUCGGACAGGCCUUCAGGCGACCGUUCAGGCGGACAUCCAGGACCUUCGGACAGGCCUUCAGGCGGACAUCCUGGACCUUCGGACGAACCUAGGGCGUGUCCGGUCGCAAGUGGAUACACAAUUCCCAACAUCAUCAUCGGGCUAUCGGCAAGAAGCUGACAUGACUGCAGUUCAGGAGCAGCUAAGGAGCUUGCAUACACUUCUCUUCAACUUGCAGGCCCGCGUCAGUUCAAUCGAGAAUGUUAUCUAUCGGCGCUGAUAUGCUCGUGUGAGGCCGUGUGCUUCCGUUUGAGUGCUACAUGUUUACACAGUGCGCAGAGCUACGCAAGUUGCCCAUUUCAGAACGUACACCAAAUGAGGCUGAUGGUGAUCAACUGCGGCACUGAUCAACUGCGGCACACUGCAGAUAUGAGCAUCCUGUUUUGGAAUGUCCACUCAUUCAGUGUUUAGUAUGGUUCGAGGG